AUGUCUGCCGCCAACCCUACCACCACCAACAACAACAUGGAUGCUGCCGUUAAUGACGUCGCAAACACUCUGAGCAAUACCUCACUCAACAACAAGCCUGCCGAUGACAAGACGGCCGCCAACGAGGCCGCCUCGGCCAGCGCUGCUGAGGGCCGUCGCCUCUACAUUGGCAACCUGGCCUAUGCGACAACUGAGGGGGAGUUGAAGGACUUCUUCAAGAGCUAUCUUGUAAAUACUAACGUUCUCGCCACUAGUGAGUCUGUCUCGAUUCCUAAGAACCCCCGCACCGACCGCCCUGUCGGCUACGCCUUUGUCGACCUCUCCACUCCCACUGAGGCUGAGCGUGCCAUCGAGGAGCUCUCCGGCAAGGAGAUCCUUGAGCGCAAGGUUUCCGUUCAACUCGCUCGCAAGCCUGAGCCUGCUGGCGAGAAGUCAGAGGGAGCUAACGGUGAGGGUUCUGGUGCAGAGGGCUCCCGUCGCCGAGCUUCGGGACGUGGCCGCGGUCGUGGCCGUGGUCGUGGAGGCCGCACUGCCCGCGCUGGCCGUGAGGGUGCUGAGAAGAAGGAGGGAGAGACUACUGAGGCUGUUGCCCCUACUGAAGAUGCUGCCCCCGCAGCUGCGGCUCCUGCUACCGCUGAGGUUUUACCAUUGACCGACAUCACAAACAAGAUCAACACUGACGCGAACACCAAGACUAAGACUCAAGCUCGCCCCCAGCGUGAGCGCCGUGAGCGGGGCCCUCCUGCUGAUGGAAUUCCUUCCAAGACCAAGGUCAUGGUUGCCAACCUGCCUUACGACCUGACUGAGGAUAAGCUUAUUGAGCUUUUCAAGGCCUAUGAGCCUUCUUCCGCCAAGAUUGCUCUCCGACCCAUCCCCCGAUUCAUGAUCAAGAAGCUUCAGGCUCGUGGCGAGGCUCGCAAGGGCCGUGGCUUUGGCUUUGUUACUCUGGCUUCUGAGGAACUCCAGCAGAAGGCUGUCAGCGAGAUGAACGGAAAGGAAAUUGAGGGCCGUGAGAUCGCCGUCAAGGUUGCUAUUGACAGCCCUGACAAGACCGACGAGGAACAGCACGAGGGUGAUGCUACCAACGGCCAGAAGGAGGCGGCCCCUGCUACUGGUGCUGAGGCUGCCUCUACUCCUGCUGCUGCUGCCCCAGCUCCCGCUGCCACCAAGACUGAGGCUACCCCCGCCUCUACCACACCUGCCACUACUGCUUAA